UGGCGGGUCUCAUCCCCCUCCACACCUACGGUGUCCCUCCUCCUCGUUACUGACCCGCCCUGCGGGUUUCCCUGUGCCACUGCAGUGAAACCGACGGUAAAAGAGAGAGAGGAUCUGGUUAAAAAAGUAAACAACAACCUGAAUAUCACGAGCGCCGUGUUUUGUAAUAGCGAAACCCCCUUUUUAUAUCGUUUUUUUCCCUUUCCGUUCACAUCUCCGGGUCAACCUAUUUCGUCAUCCAACCGGCAAUAUGGGAAAUGAGGCAAGUUACCCACUGGAAAUGUGCUCGCAUUUCGAUGCUGAUGAGAUUAAGCGGCUGGGAAAGAGGUUUAAGAAACUGGACCUAGAUAACUCUGGGUCCCUUAGCGUGGAGGAGUUCAUGUCUCUGCCUGAACUCCAGCAGAACCCUCUGGUUCAGAGGGUCAUCGACAUCUUCGACACCGAUGGAAACGGAGAGGUGGACUUCAAGGAAUUCAUUGAGGGAGUCUCACAAUUCAGUGUCAAGGGGGACAAGGAGUCAAAGCUUCGCUUCGCCUUCCGGAUCUACGACAUGGACAAGGAUGGUUACAUCUCCAACGGGGAGCUCUUCCAGGUGCUGAAGAUGAUGGUAGGAAACAACCUGAAGGACACACAGCUGCAGCAGAUCGUGGACAAGACCAUCAUCAACGCAGAUAAGGACGGAGACGGCAGGAUAUCCUUCGAAGAGUUCUGCUUAGUGGUGGGUGGCCUUGACAUACACAAAAAGAUGGUGGUAGAUGUGUGAGCCUGUCCCUCCGCUCCUCUCCCCCCCUCGCUUUCUUCUCCAUCGGUCUCUGAAGAUCUGCUCAAGACGUCUGGCAAACACUUUGUGUAUUUCAAUGGAAGUAUUCUCUCUCCCCGUGAAGCCACUUUUUUUUCUAAACAAACCACAAGCUUCACGAAGCCAAUUUAGUUGUGUUAUUGAACUCCGAUCCUCUCAAUAACCUGAAGGACAGCUAUCCUCGUUUGUAAGAGCAUCCCAGUUUGAGGGAGGGAGGAGAAAGUUUGGCUUGAUUAUAUUUUGUCACAUUUUUUUUGUAAUGUUAUUUUUUUAAAUAUUUAUUUUCGUUCUGGUCUCUUUUUUUAUAGACAAGUAUAUCUAUAAUGUUUCUUUUGUGGGGAAACGUGUCGUUAUCUGAGGUGUUGCGUUAAAUAAUAUACUUGAUUUCGGUUACAAUUCAAAACGUAGGGUAUAAAGUGCCAACCAGGACAUAUCGUAUUGUUAAGUAUCCACCAUUGCUGUCAGUGAUGGACUGGUCUGUGAUGAGUCAAACGCUCGCUGCAUGAUCACUAAUGGUUGGAUGCUAAUUUUAUUUUCAAAAAUAAACAGCAGUUUCUUUUGCACUAUUUGACUCUUGAGCAGGUUGGAUUAGAUCAAUUAAACCAUUUGACUCUUGAACAGGUUGGAUUAGAUCAAUUAAACCAUUUGACUCUUGAACAGGUUGGAUUAGAUCAAUUAAACCAUUUGACUCUUGAACAGGUUGGAUUAGAUCAAUUAAACCAUUUGAUUCUUGAGCAGGUUGGAUUAGAUCAAUUAAACCAGUUGACUCUUGAGCAGGUUGGAUUAGAUCAAUUAAACCAUUUGAUUCUUGAGCAGGUUGGAUUAGAUCAAUUAAGCUUCCGAUCACAUUAAACAUAGAAUACCUGUUGGAAGCUUUGUGAUAGGAUGUUUUAUUUAUGCUGUUGGAGAUUAUUAUUCUAAACGUAGAGAUAGAUGCCAAGAAAGUGAUGUCUUUGUAUACUUAUGUAUUUUACUUUAACGACACGUUUUUACGUUGAACCAUAUGACAAUCCCCCAAUGCAAAGUAAAUGGGCGGCAGGUAGCCUAGCAGUUAGAGGCGAGCCAGCAACCGGAGGGUUGCCAGUUUGAAUCCCGGGUCUGACGGGAAGUGAGCUGGUAACCGGAGGGUUGCUGCUGGUGUCAAAUCCUAUAUGGCAUAACCUGCCGUUGUACCCUUGAGCAAGACCCUUAACCCCCCCACAGCAACUGCCCCACGGGCGCCGUAGUAUGGCAGAGUCCCCUGCUCUAACCUCUGUGUGUGUCUUGGGAUAAAGUCAAAUGUUCUGUUGCACCUUGUGUACAAUUGGAUGAAUAAAAGGAUCUUGUACAGCUUGAUCACUCAAGUCGAAAAAAUCUCUUACCAUGGACCAUCUAUGUAUUUGUAUUUUAUUUAGAACUGAGGAAUAUCCUAAAAUAUCCAGAUGAAAGAUGAAUGAAUGUCUGAGUUAUUGAGGGAAUAUAAAAUGUUAUGGUAUCUUAUUGAGACUCAACUGCAGGCAGCAUUGUAACUGUAUAUUAGGUCAAUGUCUGCUCAUCUUUAGUAGAGAGAGGCUGCAGCAGCCAAUGUCAAAACCACCCAUGAAUAGUACAGGGUUCUUUCUAAUGCAACAACGGAGUUACUCAAACUUUUGACAUGAUCGAUGGGAAUACUGUACAUUAGAAAGUCAAGAUUUAAGAACCAAUCACGAUCACCUCGUCGGUCCUCUCCCUUCAUGGUAUUCACAGUAGGGAGAUUGACACAAGUUUAACCAAACCGUAAUUUAAGGUGAAAUGGGCAUCCCGUGAAAAUAAUCGUAACAAAAUGGCGGCGGGUUGCAUUUUAAUGAUUCGAUAGUUGGUUUGGAAACCAUUGUUUUUAAUGAGAUGUCUCAAAUGCUCCCUAUAUAGUGCACUACUUUUUAACCAGGGCCCAUAGCUCAGGUCAAAGUGAGUGCAUCACAUAGGGUGCUUUGCUUGGGCCUCCUAUGUUUGCAUGAUUUUCGUUGUGCAUGUAGAUGAACUAUUUAAAUAAUCCUUGUUAAACACGUGAAUGGUGAGGUCAGUAAUUAUAUUUAAUAAUCUACUGGGAAACAUAUUGGAUUUUGCCCAACUUUGGUUAAUUGUUCACAUUAUGAGCAGUAAUCCAAACAAACUGAACUACAUGUUAACUUUGUAUUUUCCCCCCGGAUCAGCGAGAUGAUGCUUCUAUUCCAGUAAAAAUCUGGUCCCAAAGUCAACUGCCACUCACUGUACUCGGCACUGUUUUGUAUAGAAGCUUUCCAUUCCGUCGUCUAUAUAGGUCAGACUUUAGUUCUGCAAGUACUACUUUCUAUUUUCUUUGAAGGGGACUCGGUGCUUUUUAGUUUGUGUGGAAACAAACGGUUAAGUUUGACUAAUAGUUAUUUUCCCCUUUCUCUGCAUGCUGCAUCUGAUGCCGUGGGACUGUUGGAAACUUGAUAUUGUAUGAAAAUUAAAAAAUAAACACUUUGAAACAUUUUAA